AUGGAGGAGGGCGUCAAGCUGGUUAUGCACCAGAUUGAGCAGCUGAUCCACGGAUUGCUCGCAGCCCAAGAGAAAGCCGAGGGAGAGGGCCGGAAAGCCGAGAAAGCCGAGAAAGCCGAGGGAGAGGCGCGGAGGAGCUCCUUUCACUCCCAGCGGUCACAGCAGCUGACCUUGCCUGGGGUGGGCGUGCGGAGGUCCUCGCUGCCCAACAUCAACCUCCCCGGCAUCCCCCCUGUCUCGGACGAGGUCCCAAGCCCUCCUUCAGCGGUGCAAGUGGAGACCCCAAAGGGGAAGAAGCCGAAGCUCAACCCACAGCUGUCCAAGCUGUCCUUCGCGUCCCAGGCGUCGCACCAGAGCCGGCAGAUCACGCCGAGUGACGAGAACUUGACCUCCGAGCGCACCGAGCGCACUCGCCUGGAACAUGGCGACGCCUGCUUCCAGCUUCACCCCGCCUGGGCCAAGAGGCAGAAGGAGCAGCUGUCCGUGCGGCUGAGCAAGAUCCCCUCGCAGGCCGCCACGCACUCCACCAUGCUCCCGAUCGUGCAGAAGCUGCGACAGCCGGCGGGGUGGUUGCCGGACUGGCGGCUGCUGUGGACCCUGGCUGCAGCCGGGCUCAUCUUCUUCGAUUGCGUCUCCAUCCCGCUGCUGGCUUUCAAGGUGCAAGAGCCCUGGGCCUUUGAUCUGGUACGGAUCAUCUUCUGGACGCUGAGCCUGCCAAAGAUUUGGCGGAUGAGUGGCGGCUGCGUGAGAUCCCGCUGGCCGGUGGCCUCCCUCGAGGGACUGCUGGAGGUGGUCCUGGUCGCCCUCAUCUUCUGUACCUUGGUGCAGAGCGGCCUCUCCGCGAAGGUGCAGUUCCUCUUCCGCGGCCCCGAGCUGCUUCGCCUGCGCUACUUCACCAACUUCUACGGCCUCGGGGGGCUCCCGAGGUGGCUGAUCCGCUGGAGCCGAGGUGAGCUUCAGAGGCUGCAGCUCCGUGCCGCGGCGAACAUCUUCUACACCCUGGUGGCCUGCAUGAUCGGCGUUCACCUGCUCACGUGCGCUUGGUUUGCGGCCGGGCAGGCGGAGGCCGGGUGGGCGGCGAGUGGCGACCAUGGCGAGCUCCUGGGUCGAUCCGUGCUGGAGCAGUACCGGAUCUCCCUGGAGUGGGCCAUCUCCCGAAUUCCGCCGUCGCAGACCACGGACAACGUCCUCCUUGCCACGCAGCUGGAGCGGGUCAUCGCCCUUACGGCCACAGCCACAUCGCUGCUGGCGGCCUCGAUGUUCACGUCCAUCGUCACCAACGACAUGUCGGACAUCCGACGCGUGCAGCGGCAGCAAGGGGAGGCCGACUGCCAGCUGUCGGACUUCCUGGAGACCUUCCCGGUGUCCUGGGCGCUGGAGAGGCAACUCAAGGCCUAUCUGAAGCAGACGGUCAAGAGAGUGUCCCUGCCGAACAAGCGAGAGAUGGCCACGCUCCUCCCAGAUCUGCUCCACGGGCAGCUGUGCUGCGAGGCCCUAGGUGCCGUUAUUGGCCGUCACCAGAUGCUUGCGGGGCUGAUGCUGAAGUACCCAAGCUUUCAGCGCGAUCUCUGCGUCAAAGGCUUGGAGGAUUGGACGGUGUCCCCCGACGAGGUCCUGUUUUCUGCGGGCCUGGCAUGCCAGAACAUGCUUUUUGUCGCCUUCAACAUGGUGCUCUACAAGCGCCGGGGCAUCGUGACGCCCGGGGAGCGCAGUCACCCGCAGAAGGCCAAGACCUUCACCCUCCGUCACGGCUCCUCCUGGAACUCGGUGGGCCCGGCGGAGAGGCCGGUGGCGAUGGACAACCAGGCACUGCGGAUCCACUCAGGCCACUGGUUGUGCGAGCCGUGCCUGUGGACCGAGUGGCGCUACCUUGGCCAGGCCGUCGCCGGAUCAUGCACGAGCCUCCUCUGCCUGAACCUCUCGCAGCUCCUGUCCAUCACGGCCGGGCACGCAGACAUCUCGGCGGAGCUGGUGAUCCAUGCCAGGCUCUUCCUCAACGCCUUGAACGAGAUGCCGGAGGAGGAGCUCAGCGACGUGCAGUACGUCCUGUGA